CAGCACCCGCACGCCAUGCCCCGCCAGCGCGGGUCGAAUACGUCACUUCCUGUCGACACCGGAAGGCGGAAGGCGGUGCGUGCCCGGGACCUGGGCUGGGAAGGGGUAGAGAUGCCGGACCAUGAGGUCCUGGUGCUCUUCGGCAGCCAGACAGGCACUGCCCAAGAUGUGGCGGAGAGGCUGCGCCGCGAGGCCCGGCGCCGGCGGCUGAGUUGCCGCGUGCAGGAGCUGGACUCUUAUGCCGUGGCGAAUCUGAUUAGGGAGCCCCUGGUGAUAUUUGUUUGUGCGACUACAGGCCAAGGAGACCCCCCUGACAACAUGAAGAAACAGGCUCUUAAGGAACAGAUGAGCAUUUUGCCCUGUGAAAGAGGCCCCACCUGCCACGUGCAGACCUGGUGCUCAGCACCCACCCCCCUGCCACAUGGGCCCAACACAGCCUGCUCCUGCCAGAACUUCUGGAGGUUCAUAUUCCGGAAGAACCUGCCAGCCACCUCCCUCUCUCAGCUGGACUUUGCCGUCCUGGGCCUCGGGGACUCCUCCUACACCAAAUUCAACUUUGUGGCCAAGAAACUGCACCGCCGACUGCUGCAGCUCGGGGGCAGCGCCCUCCUGCCUGCAUGUCUGGGCGAUGACCAGCAUGAGCUGGGGCCCGAUGCUGCCAUUGACCCCUGGCUGGGGGCCCUGUGGGAGAAGGUGCUGGGCCUGUACCCGGUGCCCUUGGACCUCGCUGCGAUCCCCCCUGAAGUCCCCUUGCCCUCCACGUUCGCCCUCCAGCUCUUCCAGGAUGCACCCAGCAUGGCCCUCCAGGAGCUGACUGCGUCCAGCCUGGACUCUCAUCAGCCCCCGUCAGAGUCACAGCCCUUCUUGGCGCCCAUGGUCGUUAACCAGAGGGUCACAGGCCCCACACACUUCCAGGAUGUGCGGCUCAUCGAGUUUGACAUCACUGGCUCCAGCAUCAGCUUUGUCGCUGGCGAUGUGGUACUGAUUCAGCCGUCCAACUCAGCCGCCCACGUCCAGCAGUUCUGCCAGCUACUGGGCCUAGACCCAGACCAGUGGUUCACACUACAGCCCCGGGAGCCAGGUGUGCCCUCUCCAUCAGGGCUGCCCCAGCCUUGUUCCGUGUGGUACCUUGUGACCCAGUACCUGGACAUUGCCAGUGUGCCUCGCCGCUCUUUCUUUGAGCUCCUGGCCUGCCUGUCCCCACACGAGCUGGAGCGGGAGAAGCUGCUGGAGCUCAGCUCAGCCACAGGCCAGGAGGCGCUGUGCGAAUAUUGUAGCCGGCCUCGCAGGACCAUCCUGGAGGUGCUGUGUGAUUUCCCACACUCUGCGGGCGCCAUCCCCCCAGACUACCUGCUAGACCUCAUUCCACGGAUCCGGCCGAGAGCCUUCUCUAUCGCCUCAUCCCUGCUGGCUCAUCCCAACAGGCUGCAGAUCCUCAUGGCUGUGGUGCAGUACCAGACCCGCCUCAGGGAGCCCCGCCGUGGCCUCUGCUCCUCCUGGCUGGCCUCCAUGGACCCUGGGCAAGGAUCCAUCCGAGUGCCCCUGUGGGUGCGGCCAGGCAGCCUGGCCUUCCCGAAGUCCCCAGACACACCUGUGAUCAUGGUGGGGCCUGGCACUGGUGUGGCCCCCUUCCGAGCAGCCAUCCAGGAGCGCGUGGCCCAGGGCCAGACUGGAAACUUCCUGUUUUUUGGCUGCCGCUGGCGGGACCAAGAUUUCUACUGGGAGGCCGAAUGGCAGGAAUUGGAGAAGAAAGGCUGCCUCGUGCUUGUCACAGCCUUCUCCCGGGAGCAGGAACGGAAGGUGUAUGUGCAGCACCGCCUCCAGGAGCUGGGGCCACUGGUUUGGGAGCUGCUGGACCACCGUGGUGCUCACUUCUACCUGGCAGGGAACACGGUGGGCUUUCCAGCCCUGAUGCUGCCGCUUACCUUGCCAGGCUCCAGCGGACAGUGCGCUUCCAGGUGGAGACCUGGGCCUGAGGGAACACCUGUUGGCCCUGAUAGCUGUCCUGGACUCCUGCCCUGGGAGUCUAGGGGAAAGCAUCUGGUAGAGGAGCACCUCAUACGCCAGUCCUUUUCACACUCUGGGGGCCUGUCAGCCCCAACACUGCAACCUGCCCCACCGGUUGCCCUAGGGACACCCUGCCCUUCCCAUGCCCUGCCCCACUGGCCUGGCCUGUGCCCCCCAAUUCUGGCACAGGACACUGCUGUCUACCCCGGGGACUCCCCGGUGCCUCCCAUGGCAGCCUGAGGGGCCAUGCUGCUUCCACAUGCCUGCAGCACCCACAGGGUCAGGCCUGGGCCAGAGGCUGCCAGGACCCCCACAGCUUCCUAAGCAAUGUGAAGAGGCCUGGCCAGGCCCUUCCUCUCCCAUCCCAGAAGCCUUGGCAGUAAACAUGGCCCCUGGGCAGCGGUU